AAGGCGUCAGAGAUUGAAAGCUAUGGUGAUAGUUACAAUCACUUUAUCUACUGGAAUUGGAGCUCUGAUGGUUAUAGUCUGUUACUUCUGGAGAAAGUUCUCAUCAAUUAAAAGUAUUAAUUUUUGGAGGAAGAAAACUCUAACUCAUAAGAGCGUCGAGGCCUUUCUAAGGAAUCAUGAACCUCUUGUUAUUAGAAGAUACUAUUAUUCAGAUAUAAAGUCAAUGACCAAGUCCUUUAAUAAUAAAUUAGGCCAAGGGGGCUAUGGUUGUGUCUAUAAGGGGAAGUUACAAGAUGGUUGUUUUGUGGCAGUGAAGGUUUUGGAAGAAUCGAAAGCUAAUGGAGAGGAAUUCAUUAACGAGGUUGCAAGUAUCAGUAGGACUUCCCAUGUUAACAUUGUCACUCUUAAGGGCUUUUGCUCUGAGGGAUCUAAAAGAGCUCUUAUCUAUGAGUUUAUGCCUAAUGGAUCUCUUGAGAAGUUCAUAUAUAAAGGAAAUCCUUCAAAUUCUAAUCAUCAACUGGGGUGGGAAACAUUAUACAAUAUUGCAAUUGGCAUUGCACGAGGCUUAGAGUACUUGCAUAGAGGUUGCAACACACGAAUUUUGCAUUUUGACAUAAAGCCUCACAACAUUUUAUUAGAUGAGAACUUCUGUCCAAAAAUUUCUGAUUUUGGCCUUGCAAAAAUAUGUCCUAGAGAAAAGAGUAUUAUAUCAAUGGUUGGUGCAAGGGGGACCACAGGAUAUAUAGCUCCGGAAGUGUUUAGUAGAACCUUUGGAGAGAUCUCUCACAAGUCAGAUGUCUAUAGCUAUGGAAUGAUGGUCUUAGAAAUGGUGGGAGGCCAAAGGAAUGUUGAUGUUAGUGUUGAUUUUUCAAGUGAAAUAUAUUUUCCACAUUGGAUUUACAAGCAUCUUGAACUAAAUGAAGAGUUAGGAUUGCUAGGACUUUUAAAGGAAGGAGAUGAAGACAGUGCAAGGAAGAUGAUAAUAGUGAGUUUGUGGUGCAUACAAACUAACCCCUCAAACCGACCAUCAAUGAGUAAAGUGUUGGAAAUGUUGGAAGGGAGUCUCAACUCCUUGCAAAUCCCCCCCAAACCUUUCUUGUUUUCUCCACCAAGAAGAUCACCGAUGGAGUCUUCAACCGUAGUGGUGUCAAUACAAUAG